ACUUCCCAUACGGCAUUGCAAUGAAAACAGGAAGAAAGACACCAGGAGGAAAUAUUUUCCCAAAAUGAAUCAGAGCGCGAUGGAGGGAUAUUGUGCGGUGGAAUGAGUCGUGAUCAUGGCGCAUUAGCCAACAGCAGAUGGAAGAGAACGAGGAUUUGUCUUUUCAUAGAGAGAGAAAGAGUGAGUACGUGUUUUCAAUGAGCUGAAUCCCAUAUGAUGGAACGGGCGAUGGAGCAAUUAAACGUACAGCUGAGUCGACUGACGCGGUCCCUGCGCCGUGCGAGGACUGUGGAACUCCCCGAAGACAGUGAAACAGCCGUGUACACCCUCAUGCCAAUGGUCAUGGCUGACCAGCACAGAUCAGUUUCUGAAUUGCUUUUAAACUCGAAGUUUGAUGUCAACUACGCAUUUGGACGUGUUAAAAGAAGCCUUCUACAUAUCGCUGCCAACUGUGGAUCAAUAGAGUGUCUCGUCCUGCUGCUGAGGCGUGGAGCAAAUCCAAACUAUCAGGAUAUCUCCGGCUGCACACCUCUGCAUCUGGCUGCAAGAAACGGACAGAAGAAGUGUAUGGGCAGACUGUUAGAGUACAAUGCUGAUGUUAAUAUUUGUAAUAAUGAAGGUCUCACUGCUAUUCAUUGGCUGGCAGUGAAUGGAAGGACAGAGCUUCUUCAUGACCUGGUGCAGCAUGUGUCUAAUGUGGACGUGGAGGACGCCAUGGGCCAGACAGCCUUACAUGUGGCCUGCCAGAACGGACACAAGACUACAGUGCAGUGUCUCCUGGACAGUGGAGCGGACAUCAACAGGCCCAAUGUCUCUGGAGCGACUCCACUCUAUUUCGCCUGCAGGAAUAAUGGAGAGAGGCAGGAAGCAACAGAAGAGUAUAGAGGGACACCAGACUGUGGAAAGACCUUGAGCCAGACCUCGAACUCAAGUCUUCCAAGCCAUUUUGAUAGCUUUAUUCAUGGUCAGAGGGACACCGCACAGAUACUGCUCCUCAGGGGAGCCAAGUAUUUGCCAGACAAGAAUGGGGUUACACCACUUGACCUGUGUGUGCAGGGUGGAUAUGGUGAAACAUGUGAAAUUCUCAUCCAGCACCAUAGCAGACUGUUUCAGACACUGAUACAGAUGACCCAGGAUGAUGACAUUAAAGAGAACAUGUUAAGGCAGGUCCUAGAACAUGUUUCACAGCAGAGUGACUCCAGCUACCAAAUGAUGUUGACCAGCUUGGCUGAGGUGGCAACCACAAAUGGACACAAACUUCUGAGCUUGUCCAGUAACUUUGAGGUCCAAACAAAGAGUUUGCUCCGAAUUAUCCGGAUCUUCUGUCAUGUGUUCUGUCUUGGGCCGUCCUCCCCAAACAACGGGAAAGACAUGGGUUACAACGGAAACAAGACACCACGUAACCAGGUGUUUAAGCCUCUGGAGCUGCUGUGGCACUCUCUUGAAGAAUGGCUGGUCCUCAUCUCCACUGAGAUGGAUAAGGAGAGCACAGACGCAACAACCUCAUCCUCGGGAAAUGACAUUGCGUCACUCUUCCUGAAAAACCAGGAGGUCGACCCCUCCGUUGCCAGCGAAAAUCCCCCACUGUUGCUGGAGGCCAAGUCGAUGAUGAAGACUCCGGAGGGUUGUGCUGAUGGUCAGGAUGUCAUCUCUAUGAUAGCCAAUCGCCUGAGUGCUGUGAUCCAGGCCUUCUACAUGUGCUGUUCCUGUCAGAUGCCACAUGGCAUGACCUCCCCUCGAUUCAUUGAGUUUGUCUGUAAACAUGAUGAAGUGCUCAAGUGUUUUGUGACGAGGAAUCCCACAAUCAUCUUCAACCAUUUCCACUUCCUGCUGGAGUGCCCUGAGCUCAUGUCCCGCUUCAUGCAUAUUAUUAAAGGACAGCCAUUUAAAGACAGGUGUGAGUGGUUUUAUGAACAUCUUCUGGCUGGACAGCUGGACUCAGAUAUGGUGCACCGGCCAGUUAAUGAAAAUGAUAUUCUUCUUGUUCACAGAGACUCAUUAUUCCGAAGCAGCUGUGAGGUUGUAUCCAAGUCCUCCAAUAAGAAACUCAAACAGGGCAUUGCAGUGCGGUUCCAUGGUGAAGAGGGAAUGGGUCAGGGGGUGGUCAGAGAGUGGUUUGACAUUCUGUCCAAUGAGAUCAUCAACCCGGACUAUGCACUGUUUACACAAUCAGCUGAUGGUACCACGUUUCAACCCAACAGCAAUUCUUCUGUAAACCCAGAUCAUCUGAACUACUUUGGAUUUGCUGGUCAAAUCCUGGGUCUGGCUCUCUAUCACCGACAGCUGGUGAACAUCUACUUCACACGCUCCUUUUACAAGCACAUACUGGGCAUCCCAGUGAGCUAUCAGGAUGUGUCAUCCAUUGACCCAGAGUAUGCAAAAAAUCUGCAGUGGAUUCUGGACAAUGACAUCAGUGACCUUGGCCUUGAGCUCACGUUCUCUGUAGAAACAGAUGUGUUUGGAACCAUGGAAGAGGUUCCUCUCAAACCAGGAGGAACUGCCAUUCAGGUCACCCAAGACAACAAGGCCGAGUACGUACAGCUGGUGACGGAGCUCAGGAUGACCCGAGCGAUUCAGCCGCAGAUCAAUGCCUUCCUGCAGGGCUUCCACACUUUCAUCCUCCCCUCGCUCAUCCAGCUCUUUGAUGAAUAUGAGCUGGAACUGCUGUUGUCAGGUAUGCCUGAAAUUGAUGUGAUGGACUGGAAGAAGAACACAGAGUACACUAGUGGCUACGACCUGCAGGAGCCUGUUAUACAGUGGUUUUGGGAAGUGGUUGAAAAUCUCACUCAAGAAGAAAGAGUCCUUCUUUUACAGUUUGUUACAGGAAGUUCAAGAGUUCCUCAUGGAGGAUUUGCUUUUCUGAUGGGCGGCAGUGGUCUGCAAAAGUUUACUAUUGCCGCUGUGCCCUACACAUCAAACCUACUGCCUACCUCUAGCACAUGUAUCAACAUGCUGAAACUACCAGAAUAUCCCAGCAAGGAUGUCCUGCGUGAUCGUUUGCUGGUUGCACUGCAUUGUGGGAGUUACGGAUACACCAUGGCAUGACACUGGCUUUUGCGUUUGCUGAGAAUUCUGCUCUGUGGACACACGACGCACACAUGGCUCAGUUCAGGCAUUCUUCAACACUUCAAUUCAAAAGCCUUUAUUUUAUUUUUUUUCACAUGAAAUCUAUGACAAGGACAUCAGUGAAUAAUGUAAUGAAUUAAAGAUACUUCAGGCACUGAAGCGGUUCUGCAUAUGUGAAAAUUAUAUCCAGGUCACAUUAAACAAUAAAGUCAAAAUAAGAAUGAUUAUUUUGCUUAAAGAAUUUAUUUAUUUUGCUUGUUAUUUCCAUUGCUACAGUAGUCUCUUUUUUUCUGUAUUACAUCAAGUACACUACUAUUUUACAGUAAAUGUUCUAAUUAUUAUUAUUAUUAUUUACUAAAAUAAAAUUAUUUUGUUUUCUAAUUCAUCAUAAAAAUAGAUUACGCAUUAAAAUAUUUACUUUUUUGGGGGGGGGGGGGGGGGUGAAAUAUUACCUUGACUGGUCUCUUGUGGUUCACUCUUAAUAAUAAAUUGGACAAUGACUGAAUCCAAAUGGCCUGUUAUAAAUGUUAGUCUUCUUUGACAUUAAUAAGUGUACUCCAGGCUGUAUUAUGUAAACUAUUUGAUGCUGUUCAAUUCACACUGUGUUUGAACUGUAUGUGUGUGCAGAUGCAUGUGAGACUUUUCUAUAUAUAGAGAGAGAGAGAGAGAGCUUUUAUCAUAACACAACUGUCAACACAUUAUUGAAAAUGGUCAUUUUGAGCAGUUUAAUUAAAUUAAAUAUUUUUUUUUUUCUGUUACACUGUUGUAUUGAUCUCUUGUGGCACACUUUUUGUUGUCUAGAAAGUUCCUUAAUCUCUCAUGACUACUGUGCAAUAUAUAUAUUCAUGUACUUGGAUGUAUUUAGUUUUAUAUGGGGUUGUCAGUAUAGUCAAAUAAUUAUUGAUUUCAUAUUUGUCUAAAUUGUUUAUGUGUAGUUAUUCAGUAUAAAGUAUGAAAUGUUAUAGGUGUGCCAAAAAUUCUCACCAACAAAUCAUAUAAUUUCUUGUAAAACAAGGACAUGUCAUGAAAUGAUUUUGAAAAGGGAAGACACAUCAUUUUAGGAAUGUACCAUAUCUUUACUAAUGGUUGAGGUCCAAAUGUAGAUCUUUAAAUCAAUUUAUUCUGAUUUAUCAUUAUGAUUUUUGAUUCAGAUUUUUUUUUGUACUUGUAAUAACAGAGUAAACUGCACACUGCACAAUCUUUGGAUUUCACAGGUGGACAUAAAUAUUAAAGAAUGCUUUUUAUUUCAAACAAA